UAGCCACUCUGUUGUUUCCCCCUCCCCCGCUAUUUAUAGCCGCGCUGUCCUUCCCACGCUUCACUCCACCACCACCACCCCCCAUGGCGGCAGCAAGGAUGAAGAACACCACCAUGGGUUGCGCCUUCCUGCUCGCCGCGUUCGCCAUGGCCGCCGCCUUCGUCCCCGUGGCCGAGUCCAGGACCACCCCCGUGGAGAAGACGACCACCACCCAAGCAGAGGAUGGUGUCAAGAAGCCGGACUGCGUGCCGGCGUUCGACCCGCGCUCGUUCCCCGGCCACGGCGGCACCACGACUCCGACGCCGAUCCCGGGCCACCACGGCGGCGGCGGCUCAUCCGGGACCACGCCGUCGCACGGCGGCGGCCCCUCCGGGGGCGCGUUGCCUUCCCCGUCCCACGGCGGCGCGGCGCCGUCCCACGGAGGAGGGUACGGGGCUUCCCCGCCGGUGACGCCCUCCCCUGGCGGCGGCUACGGCGGCGGCUCCCCGGCGCCGUCCCACGGUGGCGGCGCCUACGGGAGCUCCCCUUCCACGCCUUCUGGCGGCGGCUCCUCCCCGACGCCGUCCCACGGUGGCGGCGCGUACGGCGGCGGCGGAGCUCCGGCGACACCGGCGUCGCACGACGGCCACGGCCUCAUCCCCACCACCCCCGGGACAUGCGACUACUGGAGGUCGCAUCCGAUGGAGAUGUGGUCGGCGCUGGGGCGGUGGCCGAGCUCGGUGGGCCACUUCUUCGGCUCCGGCUCCGGCGGCGCUGGAACGGGGAUGAGCAUCCAGGACGCGCUGGCCAACACCCGCGGCGACGGCGCCGGCGAGCUGAUGCGGGAGGGCGCCGCCGCGCUGCUCAACUCGAUGACCCGCUCCGGCUUCCCCUACACGGCCGAGCAGGUGAGGGACGCGUUCGCGGCGGCGGCGGGGGGAGGCUCCGACGGCGCCGCCGCGGCGCAGGCGGCGGCGUUCAAGAAGGCCAACGAGGGCGGCCGCGCGUAGACGACGACGACGACGUACGCAACGUACGCAUCCGUGCAUGCAUGCAUGGCUUAAUUGUUUAAUUAGGCGGGAAAAUUAAAAAGUACGUGUGUUAAAUUAGUUGUGUGGUUGAUUUGAUGGUGAUGGUCUGGUUGUGUACGUGUGGUUGGUGUGUUUAUGCGUGUAAAAUCAUGUGUAAUCACUCUCGUGUUUAAGUUUUUUUUUUUUUGCUGUUUCAAAUUCGAUCGGUGGCAAAUGAAGGAAGUGAGCUUAUCCUUACAUGGUUA